CGGCUAUAAAGGCAAGCGGCCGCGCCCCGUCAGCUCAUCCGGUUGGUCGGUCUCCCUCCCUCCCUCCCUAUCGUCUGUUUCCUUCGGCCGAAAAGCUCCCCGUUCCCUGCCCCUGCUCCGCCCCUCGUCCCCAGCCUCCGCUCCGCUCUUGGUAAUUGGAUACAUGGCCUCACCCGCCACACCGACACAGUCCACCGGCGCCCAGGAGGAGGCCGCGGCCCGCCAGUCGCUCAUCGGGAUCUCCCAGUCCACCCCGGCAGCAGGGGAGGCCCUCAGCGUCAAGUCGCCGAACGGCCGCACGGAACACGGGCAGGACGACAGCGGGGCGGCCGACAAGUCCAGGUCGAUGCUCAUGUCCAUCUCCAACCAGUCCCCGGAGGCUCGCCAGCCCACGCCGUGCCCGCACAGCAACGCCGCUUAAGCUUGAUAUUAGCCCUGUAAUAGUACUGAUUAGCCCUGCAGCCGCAUCUGUCGAUAUGUUGCGCACCCUUGUGUGGCGCUCUUAAUAAUCGCCAUGUUCCUGGGUUUUCGGUGAUGAAAUGAUAUGCAAUGUGGAAUACUACUGAUUACAUAGUUACGUGCAUGGGAUGCGAGUC